AUUCCCUUCCACCCCCCCUCCUUCCCAGAUUACUCGGUACAUCAACAACAAUUGCAAGUCUACCAAGGAAGGUGCAGAUUGGCUGAAGGCAGCAGCUUCAAAGGCUCAGAGCAACUGCCAACCGGGGAAGCGGACUGCCCGCCCCUCAUUUACCCCGCGGAACCAUCCAUGCGAGAGAAAUCUGGCUGGCCAUCAUCAUAAUUUAGCUAGCAGCUACGGGUCCAAGGUUUGUGACGACUGUCCUGUAACACGGUAAUUUCAUGUAAGAUGGGUGGCAUUUGACGGCUUUCGUGGCACGUUUUUCAUGCUGCCGAUGCCAUUGAAGUAAAUAACAGCUGGAUUCCCCGAUUUCGUACCUACCUCCUGGUGAGACGUGUGUGAUCAAGAUCCUCAGUUCUCUUUCUCGUUCUCAUUUUCGCGGCCAUGUCUUUUGGAACGACUGGUCUUGCCCUCUUGGCGGUCGUAUUCUUCGUGAUCCGCUAUUUAAACCGCACGGAUACGCCCAAAAUCAGAAAUCUUCCAGAAGUUCCUGGAGUUCCGCUCUUUGGAAACCUUCUUCAGUUCGGAGAAAAUCAUGCGCGGGUGGCACAGAAGCUAGCAAAAACAUUUGGUCCUGUCUUUCAAGUCCGACUGGGAAAUCGGGUGAUUAGUCCCUACUAUUCAGACAACUCAGGGAAUCCAGGCUAACAAAGAUACCUAGCGGAUUGUCUUCGCAAAUACUUUUGAGUCGGUCAAACAUAUUUGGAUUACCAAUCAAUCCGCCCUCAUUUCCAGACCAACCCUCCAUACGUUCCACGAGGUCGUUUCUACCUCCCAGGGGUUCACAAUUGGUACCUCACCAUGGGACGAAUCUUGCAAGCAGCGUCGAAAAGCGGCAGCAACUGCAUUGAAUAGACCAGCAGUGCAAACCUACAUGCCAGUCAUCGACCUCGAAUCCAAUGUGUCCAUCAAAGAACUACUUGACGAUAGCGAGAAUGGAAGACUGGAUAUAGAUCCAGUUGCCUACUUCCAACGCUUUGCCCUCAACACAUCCCUUACCUUGAAUUACGGAGUGAGAAUCAACGGAAAGAUUGAUGAUGAGCUAUUACAGGAAAUCUGCGAAGUGGAAAGAGCAGUUUCCAAUUUCAGAUCUACCAGUAAUAAUUGGCAAGAUUAUAUUCCGCUUUUGAGGUUAUUACCUUUUGGUAAAUCCGGUGAUCAAGCUAUUGAGUUCCGAGAAAGAAGAGACAAAUACCUCACAUAUCUGCUGAACAAGCUCAAGAAACAAAUUAAAGAAGGAACCGACAAGCCAUGUAUCACAGGAAACAUUUUAAAAGACCCAGAGGCAAAGUUAAACGAGAGUAGGCACACGAGUCUCACGAAAUACUCCCCACGCUAACAGAGUACAGGCGAAAUCAAAUCCAUCUGCCUCACCAUGGUGUCAGCAGGUCUCGACACCGUCCCAGGAAACCUCAUCAUGGGAAUCGCCUACCUCACCUCACCUCACGGCCAAGAAAUCCAAAAACGAGCCUACGACGAAAUCAUGAAAGUCUACCCCAACGGCAACGCCUGGUCGCAAUGCAUCCAAGAAGAAAAAGUCCCCUACAUAACCGCCUUCGUCUGCGAAGUCCUGCGUUUCUUCACCGUCAUCCCCAUCUGCCUCCCCCGGCGAAGUAUCAGGGACAUCACCUACGACAACGCCGUCAUCCCAGCCGGCACAACCUUCUACAUGAACGCCUACGCCGCCGACUACGACACGACGCAUUUCAAAAAUCCCGAGGAGUUUAGUGUCGAGCGGUACCUACUUAACCCCGAAGGCAGCGGGACUCCGCAUUUCGCCUACGGGACCGGGAGCAGGAUGUGUGCCGGUAGUCACCUGGGUAAUCGCGAGUUAUACGUUGCGUUUGUGCGAUUGAUUGUCGCGUUUCAUAUUGAGGCCCCGAGGAGGGAGAGUGAUCGUCCCGUGCUGGAUGCGCUGGGGUGUAAUAGUCGGCCGACGAGCUUGACGACGGAUCCUAGGCCUUUUAAGUGUGGAUUCCGUGCGAGGGAUUUGGGGGCGUUGAAUUCGUGGAUUGGGGAGAGUGAGGUGGGGACUAGGCAUUUGGUGGAUUAG